UUGCUUGGCCCGAGUGGUUGCGGCAAAACUACACUGUUGAAAUGUAUCAUAGGCCGGCACAAUCCAAAAAGUGGGACCAUUCGGAUCUAUGGGAAAACCCCAGGUUCAAAAGGAUUCACAAUCCCUGGUUGUGGACUAGGGUUCAUGCCUCAAGAACUCGGUCUCUAUCCAGAAAUCUCGGCUGAAGAAACUUUAACUUAUUUUGGAAGACUCUAUCAAAUGGAUCAGUCCUUAAUCAAAGAAAGAAUCUCAUUUCUGACCACAUUCUUGGACAUUCCAGACAAAAAGAAACAAAUAAAAAAUUUGAGUGGCGGUCAACAAAGACGAGUAUCAUUUGCUGUUGCACUAAUUCACAAGCCACCACUCAUCAUUCUAGAUGAACCAACAGUAGGUGUAGAUCCUCUUCUCAGGAAAAGCAUAUGGAAUCAUCUUCAAAACCUCGCAGCCAGAGACUUAAUUACAAUUGUCAUCACAACUCAUUAUGUUGAAGAAGCACGUCAAGCACAAGUAGUUGGCUUCAUGAGAGAUGGUCAUUUAUUGGCCGAAGCAAAUCCAGAAACUUUGAUCACGCAAUUCAAUGCUCUUACCUUGGAAGAUGUAUUUUUAAAGUUGUGCCUCAAAGAGAGUGAAUCUCUUGAAAUUACUGUCAACGGAAGUAAAGAACAACUCGAAAUGCAAGAUGUUUGGGUUCCCAGAAAAAUUCAACGGACUAAAUCAAAAUCCCAGAACUCAAAUAAUGCCUACACAGAUCAGUGCAAAAUAGGUCUUUUGAAUAAUGAUUUUGACCCUGAUGUCACUUUGAUGAAGGAUUCGUCUUGGGGAAGUAUAUUAAGAACAACAACUGACAGAAUGGGUGCUCUCAUCAGUAAAAGUUUUCUUCGCCUAAAGAGAAAUAUCCCGUUAGUUUUUUUCCAAGUAUUUGUUCCAGUUUUUCAAGUCAUAGUUUUCUGCUUAUGUGUUGGUGGUGAACCUUUUGACAUACCAAUUGCUGUAGUGAAUCUUGAAGAAGAUCCUUUAGGAGAAUCCUCAAAAUUUCUUAAAACAAUAGACUCUUAUGUAAUAACUCAGAGAAAUUAUUAUGAUUUGAAUGAAGCAUAUGAGUCAGUGAAAAAAGGGGAAAAUUGGGGAGUUCUGCAUAUUGGACCAAGCUUCACUGAUAGUUUAAUUACAAGAUAUAUUCAAGGAAUAGAAGCAGACAAUGAUACAAUUGGCAACAGCACCAUCAACCUAUAUUUAGACAUGACAAACCAGCAGCUUUCUGCUACAAUUUUUUCUCACAUCAUAGCAAGCUUUCAAACAUUUGCUGAAAAUGCACUUCGCACUUUUAAAUACAAUCCUCUCAUAGCUACUUCACCCAUUGUACUGGGUGAACCCAUCUAUGGAAAUCUCGUUCCAAAUUUUACAGAAUUCAUGGCACCAGGCAUGAUUUUAGGUAUUACGUACAUGAUGGCGGUAGGACUAAGUUCCAUGUCAAUCAUUAUUGAGAAGAAAGAAGGUCAGCUAGAUAGAUCUUGGGUUGCUGGAGUCAAAUCUUGGGAAGUUGUGUUUUCCAUCUUCUUUUCUCUUUUUAUCGUCAUGCUCCUACAAGUAACUCUGGUACUUAUCUUCACAUUCCUUGUAUUUAACAUUCCUACUCUAGGUCCUCUUAUAUGGGUCAUUAUUGCAGUACUCUUGGUUGGUCUAGAAGGGAUGUCUUAUGGUCUAUUUAUAUCUUCAAUAGUCAACGAUGAAAAUAUUGCCAUGAUGAUUGCUAUGGGCUCCUUUUAUCCCAAUCUAUUACUUAGUGGAAUUAUCUGGCCUGUUGAAGCUAUGCCUCACUACCUCAGACAAUUUAGUUACUGCCUUCCCAUGACAUUAGUGGCAGACUCUAUGAGAUCUGUACUAUCACGUGGAUGGACAAUCACUGAGAAUGAUAUCUGGGUUGGAUAUCUAGUGACUCUUGCUUGGAUAUUUCCGGUCAUUCUUAUAUCUGUUUUCUUUUUCAAAAUUAAGAAAUGAUACUGCUUUAAUUUUAUGUGACAUAUAGCUCAAGUAACCUGUGAUCUUCUUGUUAUUUACAAUACCUCUCUCUUGAAGUUUUAAAACGUUACUAUCUGUUGUAUAUUUAUUUUAAAUGUACUCUGACUGAUUUUGAACCAGAAAUGAACAACUCCGAUUUUGCAAAAAAAAAAAAAACACUUUUGUAAUUCAAGUUGUUAAAUAGAAGAAAUUUGAUAUCUCUAUUGGAGACUAGAUUUUAGGAAAUGAUACAAUAUAUCAUUUUUUUUUUAUAUAUAUUUUUAUUAAAACUCUUUCUCAUCAAUAAAAUAAACUAACAAAUUUUUAUAUGAAACAAACUUUAUAUAUUUUCUGUUUUAUUCAUUGUACUUGAAAGUUUAUUGUACAUUCCAUUUAUUAUUAAUAAACUUUAUACAAAUUUAAUAAAAAUUCCUUUAAUGCUUAGAAAAGAGACGGUGAACCUUUUUGGAAUAGUAUGUCAAUCAUGUUUUAUUAUCUUUAGGUAUCAAGUAUGCCACUUCUUUUUUUAAAUAUUCUUUCGGUAAAAACUUAAUUAAUAUUGAAAUGAAACAAUUCUUUUUUUAAAAAAACUUUAAGCCGCUGUACUUUGAUUUCAAACUAUAGAGUUACGUUGAGUAACUAUAUUUGCUGCUUGGAUAUUCACUUGCUUUAAAUGUAAAUCGAAUAAAAAAAAUAUAUUUCAGUUUAAUAUUGCAUCAACACGAAACAAGACUGUCUUUUACAGUUUAUAUAUCAAUAAAUAAUCUGUUCAAAAUUUUGCAUAUUUACUAUUACAAUUUUUUUUUUCCUUCAUAAUUCGAGAUUUAGUUAGGGUUAUCUCUUUACAUCUCAUUCCAUUCUCCUACUUUCUAAAAAAAAAAAAAAAAAAAAAANAAAACUGACUUUUUUUUUCAUUAUACACUCAAAGGAGAUGAUAUGGUCAGCUUUAUGAUUUUGAAAAUGUAAUAAUGACCACUGAAAUCGGACUUGUUUCAAAAUCAGUCUAUUAUGACAGCUAAUAUUAAAUAUGUUUUUUUUAAAUAUUGUUUUCAGUGCAUGUUAGUAAUAAAAUUAACUUAAUUGUGAAUUAUAACCUAAUUCUAAUUGAAAUAAUAACUAAUGUAACAAUAACUUAAUUAUAAAUAAAAAUAACUCCCUGCAGGUCAUCCAAAUACUGUCGCGUGUCAUAUAGUGGCGUGUAUGUGACAGGUUUGCCUUCUCUGGCUUAGAGCAUGAUAGGAAUAUCUAGUUCCUAUAGUAGACCUGCCAACUUCUUACCUAUUUGCUGAAGUAUUCUUUUACAAUUAUUUUCUAAUAUAAAGUGGUGGUUUAAAAUAUGAUUUAGAAAGAUUUUGAUCAACAUGACAUUUAAAUAAUUCAAACAUAUAUAUAUGCAUACAGACUUGAUAAGCUUGUGAUGUAAUUAUGUGCUGGAAAGAUUUUAUGAAUAUUCGCUUAGUUAAUUUUAAUUUCACUACCACCAUAAAUAUCUUGAAGAGUUAUACUUUCUGGUUGACAUCUCUAUUAAAGGCAUUUAAGUAAAUGAUAUAUGGCUGGCCAAAUUUUCAUUUACUUGGAGAACUGGACAGAUAUCCUGUUUCUUUUAGCUAGUAGAGAAUAUUCCAAAACUCUUAUAGCAUAAUAGAACUUUUCAAAAUUUUCUCUAAAUAUAGAUUUAAUGGAAAAUUAGUUCAUUCCUAAAAAAUGUCUGUGUUAAAUGUAUUAAUUGCACCUUAGUUUGAAUGAUAUUCAUUUGCUUUGUUAAAUCAGUUUGCAUAUUUUAGAUUUUGUAUAAUUUUAUUUAGCAGUUUGUACAUUAAUUUGUUUCAUUUUCUCUUUGAUUAAGCAUUUUGUAAUUUAGUUUUGAUCAUAUUCACUUUGGUAAAACUGUUUGCACUUUACUUUCAAUAAGUAGUGAAACAAUUUGCUAGCGAUUUAGUGCAUAUUUAUAAAUUGAUUUAAAUUUCCCUUUUCAGUUAAUCUUUUUUAAAUUAUUGGAACUUGGUUAAACUAAAGAAUUAAAAAUUUUAUAUAAUAGCAUUAUACUUUUCAUAGUAAUGUACCUGAAUUGUAAUUAUCUGUGUUAACAGUUUUGUAUACUAAAUACAUUUUAUAAAUGCUUCGAUAGCUCCAUCUUUUAUCGGUAUCCAGGCAUUUUUUUUGUAAAGAAAAUAUUGUUGACCUAUAGGUAUUAGUAUAAAAAAUAUUUUUAUAAAAGUAUAAAUUAAUCAAUUUCAAUCGUGUAUUCAUAUAACACGUUUUUUUUUUCUUUUUUAAAUUUUAUUUUAAACAAAUUAAACAUGCUUGCAUAAAUAAUUUUCCAUUGAAUUAUAUAUUUAAAUUAAUAUUUUAACUUUUCUUCCGAUUAAUUAUUCAGAGUUGGGCAUUCCUACACUGUUUUCUUGAUUCUAAUUAAAGUAAUAUAUUACAUCAAGUAUGACUGUGUUUACGAUAAGUUCCUAUAGUUUGUCUAAGCUAAGAACUCCUCCUGCCACAAAGUCUGAGGCCGUUUGGUGCUAUGGAAACAAGAAUGGCUCAUUUUAAGGAGGGUUGCUACACUCUAGGACUAACACAAUAGACUGAAGAGAUUUCCUUUCUCUCUCCGACCCGACCUGAUACCUCUCCAAAAUAAUGACCCCUCAUUUUUUCUUAAAAAAAUUUAAAGUAGUAGUGAUUAUAUUAGCAUUUAUUUUUGAGAAACAGUAUUGUAUUAUUCACCAUAAUAUAUAUUAAUAGAAUUAUUUAGAUAUGAAGUAAAAGGACGGUGCUCUCUUAAAUCUAAUGUGAUAAUUAACAAAAGUUAAUAUUCGUUUCUUUUCAUACCUUGUAUCAUGUAGUAUAUAUUCCCCUAAAAUUAAGCUUUCCUUUAAAUGAAAAUUUUACAUUAUUAGUGGUAGCAUUUCAAAUUCAAGUAUCUUAAUUGAACGUGAUAUCCUGUGAAUGUGAUAACCAUUGUUAUCCUGUGCUACAUAUCAUAUUAUGAAUGUACGUUACACAUUCCAAUAUUUUGUUAUACUGUUGGUAGUAAUCUUCCAAAUGCCAAACUCUUAUUUAAUCAUAUACUAGUACAUAUAUAUAUAUAACUUCAUGUAAUGUGUUUUUUUAUUAUUAUUUUCACACUGUUUACUGUUGGUAUCAUGACAUUAUUUGUAUUUCUAGAACAAUUACAAGGGUCACUAGAAAAGUAUGUACCCCAAAGCAUUGUAAAAAAAUUAUAAAAAUAAAUAAUUACUUGGAAAGUUUUAUUGCAAGAGAUACAGCAAUAACUACAAGAAUUGUAACACUUGUCAUACUAUGAGAUAAGGUAUUGUAGCUCCUUCAUUGGAGUCUACUCUUCACAGAAAUUCUUUUAGGUUGAAGUCACUCAAAACAAGUGGCUGCAGAUGCUCAGAGCUAGUUUUCUCUUAAUCACAACAACCCUUGUGACAAGGAAGAGCCAUAUUCAGGCGAGUUGCCUGAAUAUGGCUGAUUCUAUACGAAAUCUGCAACAAAAAUUUUGCUGGAAGGUUUUUUUAUGAAUAAGAACCCUAUAAUCUCGAUCUUCCUCCCAGUGACUUUCAACUAACAAAGAUGUGCUUUGACGUGCUGGCUCUAAUCCCAGACGGCAGACUUUUAUUACUCUUUACCACAGUCUUAUCCCACUGUAUGAUAAGUUUUACAAUUAUGGUGGAUUUUAUGCUGCAAAGUAGAAAUGAAAAUUUAAAUUUUCAGUUCAGUUGGUAUUUAGUAAUCAGUGGAUGGCAAACUCAAAUUACCUGGUAGCCACUUUUUCUUUGAAUCUAAUCAGUUGAUAACUGAUUUGGUCCUUUUCAUAUAAUAGCCACUUUUUAAAAACUUUUUUUUUUGCUUGGAUAAAAAUAAAAUAUAUUUUUAAAUAAAAUUCAUAUUAGGAAUAAUCUACGGCUAUAAAAAAUCAAAAUAAAAUUUCAGAUAAAUGUGUGACAAAAUUUAGUUAAACAUACUAAUUUUAUAGAACUUUAUUUAAAAAUAUUUGGGGAGAUAAAAUACAUUACUGUUCACAUUACACCUUUGAAAUAAGUAAAUUGUUAGGCAACUCUCCUUCCACAUGAAUCUUUCCAACACAAAGUGGUGGAUUCUGUAGGAUCAAAAUUUUAAAUGGAUAGAUUAUUGGACAUCUUAUCUCUUUCUACAUUGAUGUAUUUUUUAUCAUUAAAUGAUGAAAAGAAAAUUAUAGGAAAAAGUGAUCGAUUAUUUAAAGUCGCCACUUUCUUCUGUUGACUCACCAUGUGGCGAGUGGUUGUUUUCAGGUCUAUUACAAAGUAUCUGAAAUAUUACAGUAUCUUUUAAGCUUAGCCUUUCCAGGUAAUUAUGUUUAUUUCUUUUUAAAAGCUGUGGGAAGUUUACUUUUGAGAUGUCCUUCAUAUGUAAAUAUAUUUGUUAUUUAUGCAUUACAUUUGUAUUUUAUAUAUUAAAUUCUAUAUUUUUGCCUAC